AUGUCCAGAGAGGAUCAUGGGACACCAGGCCCGCGCUCUGCGACCUCGACCUCCCUGGCAGCGGCGCCGGCAGCACAGCUUGGCGAUGGCUUGCUUGGAGAUCGGGAGCCCUUCGAGGGGAGCUUGGGGGACCUUCUGAAGAGCCAGCUGGUAGAGAUGGGGAACUUCGUUGGUGGCCUGAAGCUGCGGAAGGAGGCCCCUCCGCCAGAGCCUCCAGACUUGGACUCCUGGGCGGAGUGGGAGUGGCACGCGAGGAGCCCUCCCACACAGGAAGCGCUGCGAUCUCUGGAUGCGAACCUCUCAGACUUGCUCCCUGCGCUGAAGCCCAGGGACCUGCAAAGUGCCAGCCCGCUGAGCUCCAAGAGCCAUGCGACGAGCUUCCACAGUCCCAGCUCAGGCCUCGCCUACGAGCUGGAAGUGCUGCGCUUGCAAAUUGCGGCGUUGGCACAGUCCCUUGCAGGCCUCGGGGCCUGCGUGAUGAACUGGUCCGCUGGGCUGGUGAGCUCGCGACGCCAAGAGUUGGCGGACAUGGUGCUGCGGUAUACGCUGCCGUGCGAGCAUCUCAGCAGAGAGCUGAAGGAGCUGUGCCGGGAUCUGCGGUCCAUGGAGCUGUUCUCGGAAGAGCCCUCCCUGAGCCACGCGAACCUCAAAGAGGAUCGCGGUGAGAAGGCCAUCGAGAAGCCGCUGACUCUGGGUGCCCUGCAGCAGAUGCUGCUGCAGCAAAAGCAGAGACAGGCACAGUGCGCAGAGGAGCUGCACCAAGAGCCGACGUCAUCUGCCAUUGACGAGUCCCUUGAGCUUGAGAGGAUUCGCUGGAGCAUGGAGCGGGAAGCAGCGCGCAUGGAGGACUGGGAGAGGAACCAUCGACGUGGCAUCACGGGUACUGUUGGCGAGCAUCCCAAGGACAGCCAGCAGACUUCUGUACAUAGUGUGAGGGGCACGCAUGGCACACCUGCCUCAGACUCCUUUGACUGGGCAACUGCUGGCGGAAGAAUCGUGUUCUGA